AAGAGGGAACAGAGAGAGGGGCAGUUCGGAUUGAGAAUUAGUGUGAAAGGCACUGGACAUGAAGAGAACAAUAAAUGUGUGAUGAGGCUCAUGAUAACCCUCAUGAUCGUCACGUCGUUUUACAUUCCCUACUCCCAAUAAUCUCCCAGAAUUCCACGCUUCCCUCACUCACUCCAUCCCUCUUUUCUCUCUCUCUCUCUCUCUCCCCCUCUAAAGCCUAGUCAACCUCAUCUCUCUUCACUUCAUUUGUCUCAUACUACUAUUAAACCAACUACAAAAAAUACUUAUACCAUCAUCAUGCAUCCUAAUCCCUCAACUCUCAACCCUAUCCAUGCCUUAUAUAACCACCCUUUUCAUUCCAACUAGCUACCCUACCUCUUACCAUUUGCAAUUCCAUUCUUUUCCCUUUUUUUCUCAAAUUACCACAACCCAACUGACAACCAAAAAGAUCUCUAUAUAUCUAAUAACCUUUUCUUUCAUUUCAUGAUCUCUAUAUUCUACUUCUACUACUACCUGCUUUAAUUCAUUCUUCUACUUAGACACAAACACAAUAUGUGGAUGGUUGGUUACAAUGAAGGUAGUGACUUCAACGUCGCUGCAGAUUAUCCAUUCAAUGGAAGAAAACUCAGACCUAUCAUUCCAAGACCAGUCACUAGUACUACUCCUCCCAACAACACUUCAACAACUCCUUGCUUAAACCGCAAUAUUCAUGCCAAUGAUUUCUUUUCACAAUAUCACAAUCUCCAGGCAGCAGCAGCAGCAGCAGCAUCAGUAGGAGAUCAGAGCAAGAGAACAGAGUUGAAUAAUUCAGCGGUAGUGGUGAGUUCAAGGUGGAAUCCAACACCAGAACAGUUAAGAGCACUGGAAGAAUUGUAUAGAAGAGGAACAAGAACACCAUCUGCAGAACAAAUCCAACAAAUAACAGCACAGCUUAGAAGGUUUGGAAAAAUUGAAGGCAAAAAUGUUUUCUAUUGGUUUCAGAAUCACAAAGCCAGAGAGAGACAGAAACGCCGCCGUCAAAUGGAAUCAUCAGCUGCUGAUCAGUUUGAUGCUACUACUAGUCUUGUUGAAAAGAAAGACUUAGGCUCAAGUAGGACGGUGUUUGAAGUUGAACAGACCAAGAACAACUGGCUACCCUCUACAAACUCCACUACUAGUACCCUUGCAGAGGAAUCUGUUUCAAUUCAAAGAGCAGUAGCAGCAGGAAAAGCAGAUCAGUGUAGAACAGAUGGAUGGGUCCAAUUCGAUGAAUUAGAAUUACAACAAAGAAGAAACUUUAUGGAAAGGAAUGCCACGUGGCACAUGAUGCAGUUCACUUGUCCUCAUCCUACUACCCUCCUUAUUCCUAAUAAUUCUUCUAAUUACACCUCCUCUAUCACUACUACUACCCCCACGGCCACCUUAACAACUACUCUAAUGGACCCAAAACAUGAUCUUAGCUUAUUCAUUUCACCUCACACACACUCACAAAGACAAAAUGGUUUCCACAACAAUAUUACUCACAAUGAUGAUCAUUGUGUGGAAUCUCAAACCCUUCAACUUUUCCCUAUUAGGAAUGGAGAUGGAUGCAGUGACAUUAUUAACCAUCACAAAGAGACAGAGAUAUCAGCUUCAGCAAUGAAUGCACCUAGCCACUUUAUUGAGUUUCUUCCGUUGAAGAACUGAUUGGAAAUUCAAAACUUUACUAUGUAUGUAAAAUGAACGGAUUUUGUUUAGGUGUUGGAUUUUGUUGGAAAAUAGCAGUGUUUUUAUUGUUAUUGAUGUUUAUGUUUCAAGAAAUUGGUGGUGUAAUAGGACACUGAAUUUGAAUGAGGUAUUUUCCUUAAAAUGCA